AUGUACUGCUGCAACCACACCCUCGUCUACGAGAAGUGCCUGCCCCCCGAGCCGGAGCCGGAGCCAUGCGAGCCGGAGCCCGAACCGGAGCCAUGCGAGCCGGAGCCCGAGCCGUGCGAGCCGUGCGAGCCGUGCGAGCCGUGCGUGCCGUGCGAGCCGUGCGUGCCGUGCGAGCCGUGCGUGCCGUGCGAGCCAUGCUGCAAGCCGUGUUGCGUACCCUGCGAGCCCGUGUGCCCACCGGUCCCCGUGUGCCCACCGGUCCCAGAGUGUCCCCCGGUCCCAGAGUGUCCCCCGGUCCCAGAGUGUCCUCCGGUCCCGACGUGCCCCACCAUCCCAGAGUGCCCGCCGGCUCCCGUGUGCCCACCCCCACGACCUAUCCCCGUCUGUCCCCCCACGAGGAAGAAGUGCUACAAGCCAUGCAAGCCCAAGAAGGUCUGCAAGCCGAAGCCCUGUCCGACGACGGAGGUCUCCGAGAAGACCGAGGAGCCCGAGCCAUGCCCGCCGUGCCCGGACCCGGAGCCGUGCCCGCCUUGUCCCCCCAAGCCGGUUUGCAAACCGGUUUGCAAACCAGUUUGCAAACCAGUUUGUCCUCCAAAGUGCGAGAACAUUGUCAAGAUUAACAUUAAUCAGGGAUGCGGCCCGAGCAAGUGCGGCGUCAAGGAUGUUGUCAAGAUUAAUAUCAACCAGGACGGCUGUCACAAGAAGACCGUGUGCAAGCCGAAGUGCGUGUCUACGGCCCCGUCCUCCAAGGCCACUUCUCACCAUACCGUCAAGUCAAGCACAAAGUGCGCGCCCUCCAGCCAUAAACCCACGACGCACGUCGGUAGCAAGGCCACCAGCCACCGUUCCACAAAGGUUCCGUCCACCAAGCCCCAAUCCAGGGUUUGCUCCUCAAAGGCCACAACCUGCGUCACCAGUAACAGGUCCUGCGUCUUCAGCUCCACCGACGCCUCGUCCACAUGUUCUUGUGAUUCAUGCUGCUCCGCUGGCACGUCCUCCCACAAUAACCUCUCGUGCGGACGAACGCUUUGCAAAGCCAAAUCAUGCACGAGGACCAAAUCUUAUGCCCUAAGCUCGAAGAAGUCCUCGAAGAAGUCGUCCUCCCAUCCCGAUCCUGACUGCUCCGAGUGCCAGGCCGGCUCAACUUCGUCAUCGUGCCCCUGUUCGGUGUGCCAGAGUAGCUCCAAGUCUGGUUCUUGCACAAGCUCAUGCUCUUCGUCGAGUGCUUGCUCGUGCUGCAAACCGAAGAGCCGUACAGUCGCAGCUUGAUCGACAAGCGGACGGGUGACUGCCUAACCCCUCACAGCUCUAUUCAGUCGAACAGAUGUGGACUUUGGAAAAGAGAGCAGCGACAGGCGGAAAGAAAACAGCUAGGCCCCAGACCGGCUUGGCUGUCGCCAUUUAGAGGUUACAAAUUUAAGAUUUUAGAUGUUACACAUUGGUUGUCUUCACCGGCUGCGAACUCACUUUUUUUGUAUGCGUCGUACAGGAAAGAUCGAAUAACGAUAGAGAUUCUCAAUCAAAGCCAGGUUAUUGCAUAAGAAAUUUCAGUGCCCCCAGUUGCCACCCAGAGCUUUACUUUAUCCAUGCAUUGAAGGAAGUUUUGAUGUCUACGCGAACAAGCGAGGAUGAAUGGGUUGUUGGCAGUUAUGGUGAUGCAGACCAUUACAUGAGCAAAUACUUUACAUGUGGGAAAAUAAGAACAGUGUCUAUUCACGAUAAUUCAUGAUACGCUGCUCAGAUGCUUGGAAGGGAAGGAUGAGGAAAGAAAAAGAUGAAGGGCAGCACACAACUCCAGGCCCAUUAGAAGAUGGCGGCGGAAUGCCCCCGCGUGUGCCCUUGACCCCUACGAGUCGUUACGAGACCAGGAAUGCUGUGUAGUCAAUGUAAACGGAGGCCACGUUAGAGAUACAAUACAAGUAAAAGUACAAAAAAGCAUCCUA